AUCUCAAUUUUAAAAGUAUUUCAGUCCCCAGAAUAGCCAUGAGCUCUUCUCACCUAAACAGCAGAGCUGAGAGCYGCUUUCCAGCUUCCGAAGAGCAUGAGCUGGAAGCAGUAGGGAAGAAAGCUUGGGAUAAUCCUGUUUACAAUGGCUCUCCCUCAACUUCCUUGAAAAUCCGAGCCAUCUACAACCCCAAGUCCAUUUUGGAGAAUCCCUAUGAGAACUUUGAAGAGAUGGGGGACCCGCUGCCCUGCCAGGAGAAGCAGAACAAGGCUGUGGAUGGGAAGACAAAUCCUUUCCCCAAAUACUGCUUCUACAUCUUCAGAGGCAUCCGAGGUCUGUGGGGUACUACACUGACUGAAAACACAGCUGAAAACCGAGAGCUCUACGUAAAGACCACUCUGCGCGAGCUGCUGGUCUACAUCAUGUUCUUGGUGGAUAUCUGUCUGUUGACGUAUGGAAUGACAAGUUCCAAUGCCUAUUAUUACACAAAAGUGAUGUCCGAGCUCUUCUUGCAGACCUCUUCAGACAGCAGCGUUUCCUUCCAGUCCAUUGGCAGCAUGGCUGAUUUCUGGGCGUACGCACAAGGUCCCCUUCUGAAUAACCUUUACUGGACCAAGUGGUACAAYAACGAGUCCCUAGCAGCUCAUAGCACCCAGUCAUACAUCUAUUAUGAGAACUUGCUGCUGGGUGUCCCGCGUGUGCGGCAGCUGAAGGUGAAGAACAAUUCCUGCGUGGUCCAUGAUGACUUCAAGGAGGAGAUCUCAGGCUGCUAUGAUGUAUACUCAGAAGAAAAGGAGGAAAGAGUCUCUUUUGGACUUAUCAAUGGAACAGCGUGGACGUACCAUUCUGAGGAGGAGUUGGGUGGCUCAUCUCACUGGGGAAGACUAACCAGCUAUAGUGGGGGAGGAUACUACAUAGACCUCAAGUUGACCAGAGAAGAGAGUGCUGAAGCCCUGAGGGUCUUGAAAGAGAAGUUGUGGCUGGAUCGGGGAACAAGAGUUAUCUUCAUUGAUUUCUCAGUGUAUAAUGCAAAUAUCAAUCUGUUCUGUGUUCUGAGGUUAGUGGUUGAGUUUCCAGCCACUGGUGGUGCCAUUCCCUCCUGGCAAAUCCGGACAGUCAAGCUUAUUCGAUAUGUCAGCACAUGGGACUUCUUCAUUGUUGCCUGUGAAAUUGUCUUCUGUGUCUUCAUCUUCUACUAUGUGGUAGAGGAGAUCCUGGAACUGCGAAUCCACAAGCUUCGGUAUUUCAGCAGCAUCUGGAACAUCCUGGAUGUGGUUGUCAUUCUGCUCUCCAUUGUUGCUAUUGGGUUUCACAUCUUUCGCACCAUUGAGGUGAACAGAUUGAUGGGAGAGCUGCUGAAACACCCCGACACCUACGCAGACUUUGAGUUCCUGGCRUUCUGGCAGACCCAGUACAACAAUAUGAAUGCGGUCAACUUAUUCUUUGCCUGGAUCAAGAUAUUCAAGUAUAUUAGCUUUAAUAAAACAAUGACCCAACUGUCCUCCACACUGGCACGCUGUGCUAAAGACAUCCUGGGCUUUGCCAUCAUGUUCUUCAUUGUCUUCUUUGCCUAUGCCCAGUUGGGCUACCUUCUUUUUGGGACACAAGUGGAAAACUUCAGUACCUUUGUUAAAUGCAUCUUCACCCAGUUUCGGAUCAUUCUUGGUGACUUUGACUACAAUUCCAUUGACAAUGCCAACAGGGUCCUUGGACCUAUUUAUUUCGUCACUUAUGUGUUUUUUGUUUUCUUUGUGCUCCUGAAUAUGUUUCUGGCCAUCAUCAAUGACACYUACUCAGAAGUCAAAGAGGAACUUUCAAGCCAGAAGGAUGAGCUACAGCUUUCAGACAUCUUGAAGCAGAGCUACAACCGGACACUGAUGAGGCUGAAGCUGAAGAAGGAGAGGAUUUCUGAUGUACAGAAAGCACUACAGAAUGGAACAAAAGAACUGGACUUUGAGGACUUCAAGAACAACUUGAAGAAGCUAGGCCAUACAGACAAAGAGAUCACAGCAGCCUUCUCCAAUUUUGACAAAGAUGGCAACCAGAUCCUUGAUGAAGAGGAGCAGCAGCAGAUGAAACAUGACUUAGAGGAAAAAAGGGUUGCUUUGAAUAUGGAGAUUGAAAACUUGGGGAAAUCCUAUGGUGGCAACAACUUGCGUGAGAAUCUGGGCUUCCUGGAAGCAAAGACUAACCACGCCAAUAAGGCCAACUGGGUCUCCAAAGAAGAGCUGCAAGUACUCCUGCAACGUGUGCUGCAACUGGAGCAGUCCAUCAACAGCAUUGGCUCCAAGAUCGAUGAGGUGGUGAGCAAACUGAAGGUGCUGGAGAAAAACAAGCUAAAGUGGAAGGACAUGAUAGGCAAACCUUUGGAUAACGCUAGUAAGGAGGAAGAAUCCCAUCAGGGAGAACUGGCCCACCACAGCCUAGAUGAGCUAGGAAAAGGAGAACCAGAAGGCUGGGGAACAGAGUGUGUACCAAGACACAGCUCAAGUGGCAGCUCUACACAAAAUGGGAUCUGCCUCAACUUACCCAGGUCAAAUUUACCAGGGUCUCAGGUGUUCUGAUGUGCACUUCUAGCAAACAGACCAGAACAUCCAUUCUGACUCUCAAGGCAUUCAUCAUUUUACUGAGGCUUUUUCUCUCCCAUGUAAGUGACGGAGACUAUUGAAGUUAGUGUAACUCAGCACUGCACUAAGUGGGUAUAUUCUGAUUUAUACCUCUGGAGAAUCAGGUCUUUCAGUCUAUUCUGCAGCUCAGCAGUUAUGUUUUGUGUGACUUGGGUUACUGCUCCCAUAACAAGCAUGCUAGUGGUUAAUAUCUUUGUGAAAUGUUGGCACAAGAUGAUUCAGUGAAAUGAGUGGGGAAAAGACUUCACAUGUUAGUUGCACUAAUCUCCAGUUUUUACAAUAAUCUUCAUCCUGGGGCUAUUGCAAAGUUUAUAGGGCUCACUUCCAUUCACCGAUGAAAGGCAAAGAGCUCUAGGGUGAAACAUGUUGUUCAUGAUGAAUUUCAGGACAGGACCAUACUAAAAGUAUUUGAAAUAACCUGUCCGUUGUUAUUCAACAACGAUUAACCUCAGAYAGGCCCAAAGCUAUUGGCAUUGUGAUUUGUACCAGAUCACUAACAACUUACAUUAAUGCUUCUAUGUGGUCUGGUGAUAAGGCCAGUGUGGUGGUGUGCAGUGGCAUCUCAAGUUGCCACCUCUCAAAGAUGCCUCUGUUGCUGUGUUCUUCCUUUGGGAAGGUCUGAGGAACCUCAGGAGCAGACAUGGAGCACAGCAGCCUGGCCCAGGCUCCAGAGCUCUCCGUAGCUACCCAAUAACCCUGACGAACCAAAGGAGAGGGUCUUUGAGUGAUGAGGGCCUAGCGGGAGUCUGGAUAUAGGCACUAAAAAUAGACACACAGUUGCUUGCAAAUGUCAGAACUGAAACAUGAUCGUGACUGAUGGUGGGAAACUUGCUGUUAAUGAACUGGGACGUGUGCUGAGAUGCACAGAGGAAGGAUCUUCCUUAAAUUAUUUUGGCUGGGAGACUCUCUUCUUUCUGCAUCCUUUCUUGUAAAAAGACCACUACCUUUUUACAGUGCUCUGAUUCGGGUUGUGUCAGCAUCAUUUUUGGUCUCAAGCAAGUCCUGACCGUGGUAUACAUCUGUGCCUGCAUUAAUGGCUUCUCUUUUACCUGUACAGCUCUGUGCAACUGUGUCUUGUCUACUCCCUGUCAAACAUGCUGCCAUAUAUAUGAUGUGUCUCAGAGUAAGGCAAGCCA